UUACGGCGCGAAAGCUUCAAACCACGGGCUCUCAAGACGCAAAUUAUUUGCCAGUUGACAACGUCUACAUUUAUCGUUUAAAACAAUGCCGUCGACACAGAAGAGGGCUUGUCUUAGUCCAGUAAACGAUAGUAAGGAGAAAAGAAUAAUGCGAAUUUCAAUAGAAGGCAAUAUUGCGGCGGGCAAAUCGACAUUUGUGCGCUUCUUGGAGGAGCAGAGCAAUGACUGGGAAGUUGUACCUGAACCAAUCGCUAGGUGGUGCAAUGUACAAACCCAGAAGGGUGAGUUUGAGGAGCUCACCACCUCUCAGAAGAGCGGCGGCAAUGUCCUUCAGAUGAUGUAUGAGAAGCCCGAGAGGUGGGCAUACACCUUCCAGACCUACGCCUGUAUGAGCAGAGUACGCGCUCAAAUCAAAUCCACACAGGGCAAGCUCCGAGAGGCGGGAAACCCCGUCCAGUUCUUUGAGCGUUCCGUCUACAGCGACAGGUACAUCUUUGCCGCCAACUUGUAUGAGAGUGAGUGUCUUAACGACACCGAGUGGGCUAUCUACCAGGACUGGCAUGGCUGGCUCCACAAUCAGUUUGGAAAACACAUUGAGCUGGACGGCAUCAUCUACCUCAGAGCCGCACCGGAGAGAUGUUUGGAGCGGCUGCACCUACGAGGCAGAGAGGAGGAGCAAGGCGUCUCCCUGGAGUACAUGGAGAAGCUCCACUUCAAACAUGAGAGCUGGCUGCAGCACAAAACCAUGCGUAUGGAGUUUGAGUAUCUAAACAACGUUCCGGUUCUGACUCUGGACGUGAAUGAAGACUUCAAAGGGGACAAAGUUAAAUGUGCUGACAUGGUGGAAAAGGUCAAAGACUUCCUCAGCUCUUUGUAGACCUCAGCAGAUGAUCAGUGACUCUGUGGAGGACAGAAGCCACUACAUUCACAGGGAUGAUUAAACUGGGAUUGAGGAUAUUUUGUCAUUACAACAAUGUCUCACAUUCACUCAAAGCAUUUUAAAUGUACUUACCUUAUAGCUAAGGGUACUUGCCUUGUAAAGAUGUUUUCUUAUGCGUGUUUUAUUUAUAAUGACCAAUGUACAUGGAAAAGGAAAUAAAAAGUAUACAUUUAAGAGCGA